AACAUAUCCAAGCUUUGAAACGACUGUCAAAAAUAUUAUUUUCAACGGCUCCCGCUUUCUUCAAUUUAAACAUUUGUUUCUAAUUUUAAUGGUGAAAUCUUGUUGUGGCCGUGUUUUUUCUUUGCUGUAUCGAUGAUUGUGCAGUGUGCAAUAUGUAUAUAAAGUCAAUUGUGUUAGACGGGUUCAAAUCCUACGGAAACCGAGUCGAGAUCACUGGUUUCGACCCGGAGUUCAAUGCUAUCACAGGUCUAAAUGGAACUGGGAAGUCCAACAUAUUAGAUUCGAUAUGUUUCGUGCUAGGAAUCACGAAUUUGUCUAAUGUGAGAGCUGGCAGUCUCCAGGAGCUGAUCUACAAACAUGGGCAGGCUGGGAUCACCAAAGCCACAGUCAGCAUUACAUUUGAUAAUCGAGACAAAAGGCAAUGUCCCAUAGGCUAUGAGAAUCAUGAUGAAAUUACUGUCACCAGACAGGUGGUAAUGGGAGGCAAGAACAAGUACCUGAUCAAUGGCAUAAAUGUGCAGAACAAGAGAGUGAGUGACUUGUUUUGCUCGGUACAGCUGAAUGUGAACAACCCACACUUCCUCAUCAUGCAGGGACGGAUCACCAAAGUGCUCAACAUGAAGCCCCCUGAGAUUCUGUCCAUGGUGGAAGAGGCAGCUGGAACAAGAAUGUAUGAGGCUAAGAAACAAGCUGCACAAAAGACAAUUGAGAAAAAGGAUGCAAAACUUAGGGAACUUAAUGAUAUAAUAAGAGAGGACAUAGCUCCAAAGCUACAAAAGUUACAAGAUGAAAGGUCACAAUUUCAGGAGUACCAGAAAGUUGUCAGAGAAUUGGAGAAUCUCACUAGAUUAGAUGUGGCUUGGAGAUAUGUAACAGCAGAAAAUAAUACUAAGGAGGCUGAGCAGAAGGUGACGGAAGUGCAGGACGACAUCAAGAGCAAGCAGGAGAAGAUAAAAGACAAUGAGAAACAGGCCAAGGAGUAUGAUAAACAAGUGGCUGACAUGAACAGGAAGUUGGAUGAGGAGAGCGGCAACUUGCUGAAGGAGCUGGAGAGCUCGCUGCAGUCGCUGGAGCGCGCGGAGGAGAGCGCGCAGGGAGCGCACAAGGCGGCGCGCGACGCGCUCGCGGCGCACGCGGCGCGCGCUCGGCUGCUGGCGCGCGCGCGCGACGACGACCGCGCCGCGCUCGCCGCCAAGCAGCACACGCUCGACGGGGCACGUGACUACAUAUACACUCACAACCACACUCCGCUAACAUUGUGCGCUCGGCUGCUGGCGCGCGCGCGCGACGACGACCGCGCCGCGCUCGCCGCCAAGCAGCACACGCUCGACGGGGCACGUGACUACAUAUACACUCACAACCACACUCCGCUAACAUUGUGCGCUCGGCUGCUGGCGCGCGCGCGCGACGACGACCGCGCCGCGCUCGCCGCCAAGCAGCACACGCUCGACGGGGCACGUGACUACAUAUACACUCACAACCACACUCCGCUAACAUUGUGCGCUCGGCUGCUGGCGCGCGCGCGCGACGACGACCGCGCCGCGCUCGCCGCCAAGCAGCACAUGCUCGACGGGGCACGUGACUACAUAUACACUCACAACCACACUCCGCUAACAUUGUGCGCUCGGCUGCUGGCGCGCGCGCGCGACGACGACCGCGCCGCGCUCGCCGCCAAGCAGCACACGCUCGACGGGGCACGUGACUACAUAUACACUCACAACCACACUCCGCUAACAUUGUGCGCUCGGCUGCUGGCGCGCGCGCGCGACGACGACCGCGCCGCGCUCGCCGCCAAGCAGCACACGCUCGACGGGGCACGUGACUACAUAUACACUCACAACCACACUCCGCUAACAUUGUGCGCUCGGCUGCUGGCGCGCGCGCGCGACGACGACCGCGCCGCGCUCGCCGCCAAGCAGCACACGCUCGACGGGGCACGUGACUACAUAUACACUCACAACCACACUCCGCUAACAUUGUGCGCUCGGCUGCUGGCGCGCGCGCGCAACGACGACCGCGCCGCGCUCGCCGCCAAGCAGCACACGCUCGACGGGGCACGUGACUACAUAUACACUCACAACCACACUCCGCUAACAUUGUGCGCUCGGCUGCUGGCGCGCGCGCGCGACGACGACCGCGCCGCGCUCGCCGCCAAGCAGCACACGCUCGACGGGGCACGUGACUACAUAUACACUCACAACCACACUCCGCUAACAUUGUGCGCUCGGCUGCUGGCGCGCGCGCGCGACGACGACCGCGCCGCGCUCGCCGCCAAGCAGCACACGCUCGACGGGGCACGUGACUACAUAUACACUCACAACCACACUCCGCUAACAUUGUGCGCUCGGCUGCUGGCGCGCGCGCGCGACGACGACCGCGCCGCGCUCGCCGCCAAGCAGCACACGCUCGACGGGGCACGUGACUACAUAUACACUCACAACCACACUCCGCUAACAUUGUGCGCUCGGCUGCUGGCGCGCGCGCGCGACGACGACCGCGCCGCGCUCGCCGCCAAGCAGCACACGCUCGACGGGGCACGUGACUACAUAUACACUCACAACCACACUCCGCUAACAUUGUGCGCUCGGCUGCUGGCGCGCGCGCGCGACGACGACCGCGCCGCGCUCGCCGCCAAGCAGCACACGCUCGACGGGGUCUCAUCAACAUUCGAAACGCUGCGGACAGCGAGUGAGUCCAGUAAAGCGGCGCUCAACGAGGCACAACAGAAGUUUCUCGCAGUCAGCGGGCUGGAAGGGGCCUCCGACUCACUAAGGGGACAACUAAUAGCUGCAAAACAAGAGGCAUCGGAAGCAUCUACUCGUAUAUCACAGAGAAUGAUGGAGAAGAAGCAUGCAGAGGAGCGUCUGCAUGCGCUGGAGAAGGAAUUCAAGAGCAGCAGCGCGCAGUACCAGCGAGACCAGGAUGCCAUCGGGAAACAGCAGGCACAGGUCGACCAGCUGAAGGCGGAGCUGUCGCGCACGAGCUACAGCGCGCAGCGCCACCGCGAGCUGACGGACAGCGUGCGCGCGCAGCACGGCGCCGCGCGCACCAAGCGCGACGCGCUCGACCGCCUCGCCGCCAAGCUGCAGCGCUGCCACUUCAACUACACGCCGCCGCAGCCCGACUUCGACAGCCGCAGGGUGGAGGGUACGAUCAGCAGAUUAAUAGACGUGUGUGAUCCUAUGUAUUGUACUGCGUUGGAGACAGCUGCGGGAGGGAAAUUAUACAACGUGGUGGUCGACACGGACGUGACCAGCAAGCUGCUGCUGCAGCGCGGCAACUUGCAGACCCGGACCACCAUCGUGCCGCUCAACAAGAUCUCUGGACAUGUCAUAGAUCCUGAGACAGUGCGCAUUGCGCAGGAGAUUGGCGGCGGGCCGGACAACGUGCAGCUGGCUCUGAACCUGGUGUCGUUCCCGGCGCGCGUGCGGCCCGCCAUGGCGUGGGCGUUCGGCAGCACGCUGGUGUGCCGCGACCUGUCCGUGGCGCGGCGCGUGACGUUCGACCCGCGCGUGCGGCGCCGCUCCGUCACGCUGGACGGCGACGUGGUCGACCCCGCCGGCACGCUCUCCGGCGGCGCCAGCAUUAAGGGUGGUUCAGUGUUGCUCCAACUGCAAGAGCUGAAGCAGUUGGAACAGGAGCUCAAAGUGGCGGAACAACAGCUGAUGCAGAGCACCACGGAGCUCAACUCUAUACAGCAAAUGGCUGAAAAGUACACCAGCAUGCAGCAGAGAUUUGAAACGAUGUCUCACGAGCUGGAAGUUGUGAAGGCUCGACUGGCGACCACCACGCAUGCGCAGCUACACGCCGAGAUAGAGGGGCUGCGGACUCAGGUGUCGGAGCUGUCGGCGGCCGUGCAGCGCGACCGCGCGGCGCAGCGCGACACCGCCGCGCGGGCCACGGACCUCGAGCACAAAGUCAACGACAUCAAGGGGCAUCGCGAACGGGAGUUCAAAAAAGCCGAAGAGAAUCUAAAGAAAGCAAAGAAAGAAGCGGAACAGCAUCACAAUGAGUGGAAGCAGCGCGAGCAGGAGUUCGAGACGCUGCAGCUGGAAGUGCGAGAGCUGCAGAACGCGGUCACCACCAGCGAACAGCAGCUGCAGGAGUUGAAUGACGGUACUCAGGCGUUGCAGCAAGCACUGGAUGAGGCUAAAGAGGAACACAGCAAGGCUACGAAUGAGGUGAAACAAAUGCAGCAGCGUAUAAAACAACAGAAGACGGAUAUAGCGAGUCGCAAUAGUGAUAUAGCACGACUCAUCGCCAAGAAGGAACAACUGUUCAAGAGUAACGCCGAGCUCGAGUUGAAGAUCAAGGAGUUGGAUUACAAGAUCAAGGAGUUGCAGACAGAGGCCACGGAGUGUGAGGAUAGGAUGCGCGCGCUGGAGCGUGAACACGCGUGGGUGCGGACCGAGCGCGAGUUCUUCGGCAGUGCGGGCGGCGCCUACGACUUCACGGCGCGGGACGCCGCCAGCGCCGCCGCGCGCGCGCGCCGCGCCGCCGCCCGCCGCGACCUGCUCGCGCGCGGGCUCAACGCGCGCGCGCACCAGCUGCUCGCGCGCGAGGACGAACAGUAUCAAGACGUUAUGCGUAAAAAGAAGAUAGUGGAAGCAGACCGUGCGAAGUUAGUGCAGGUGAUGGCGGAGCUAGACGAAAAGAAAAAGAAGACGCUGGUGACGGCGUGCGAGCAGGUUAACAGAGACUUCGGCUCGAUCUUCAGCACGCUGCUGCCCGGCGCACAGGCACGACUCACGCCACCACACGGACUUACCGUGCUUGACGGAUUGGAGGUAAAAGUGGGGUUCAACGGGUCGUGGAAGGAGUCGCUGGGCGAGCUGUCGGGCGGGCAGCGCUCGCUCGUGGCGCUGGCGCUCGUGCUCGCGCUGCUGCUGUUCAAGCCCGCGCCGCUCUACAUCCUCGACGAGGUCGACGCCGCGCUCGACCUCUCGCACACCCAGAACAUCGGCCACAUGCUCAAGGAACACUUCACACACUCGCAGUUCAUAAUAGUGUCGCUGAAGGACGGCAUGUUCAACAACGCGAACGUGUUGUUCCGCACGCGGUUCGUGGACGGCAUGUCGUCCGUGCAGCGCACCGUCAGCGCGCGCCCGUGAGCGGCGGCGCUGCAGCCACACCCACGAGCCACUGAGGGACAUCGCGCUGUGCUCACGACUCGUGCCUCUGUCGGCAUGUUCCAUUGAAGUCUUGUUUCUGUAGGGUCUCUUACCCUAGUCUCAUAACGGCCAUCCGAACUGUUGCGAAAUGAAAUACAUGAUUUGGAGAACGAGUAUUUUAUUGUUAUUUUCUUUACAAAAACCGCCAGGAGUCUAUGGACGGUAUAGGUUAGGACUUCUUGAAACAAUAACGUGAAGUGCUCAAUUACAAGACAGUGAGUAAAUAUCAAAAUGUAUUGCACAUUGUGGUGUAAUUGAUUUGUGAUAUUUUGUGUAAAAUAAAUAUGUUUAAAAUUA